UUAAAUAUUGACUAUUUUUAAUAGAAAAUGCCUAAGUCAAAGAGGUUUAAAAUAGUUUCUCUAACAAAAACUAAGAAAAAAGAUUUUGAACAUAAGAAAAAAUUGUUUAAAGAUAUACGGGAUUAUAUUGAUAAAUAUGAAUAUAUAUGGGUUUUUUGUAUAGAAAAUAUGAGAAAUGUACAUUUUAAAGAGGUCCGAAAUAAAUGGAAAGAUAGCAGAAUAUUUAUGGGACGUAUAAAGGUAAUUGCAAAGUCAUUAGGAGUGACAAAAGAUGAAGAAUAUCGAGAAAAUUUGAGCGAACUUUCAAAAAUGCUUACGGGAAAUGCGGGAGUUUUAUUUACGUCUGAGCCGGUAUCAUUUGUUGUAGAUUUUUUUUCAAAGUUUAGUCGAAUGGAUUUUGCUCGUUCUGGAUUUACAUCGCCUUUUACCUUUACAGUACCAGCUGGGACUGUUUAUUCUAGAGGAGGAAAAAUAUCAAUAGAUAAUGACAAUCCUUUACCUCAUACAUUUGAUUCUGUUCUCAGAGGGUUAGGAAUGCCAACUCUUUUAAAAAAUGGGCAUGUUACUUUAUUUAAUGAAUAUACUAUAUGUAAAGAGGGUGAUAUUCUAGACAGUCGACAAACAAGACUUCUUAAAAUAUUUGGAGUUAUAAUGUCGGAAUUCAAAAUUAAGCUUAAAGGCUAUUGGUCAUCUUUAGAUAAUAAAGUGAGAUUUAUGGAGGAUUAUCUUGAGCUUUAG